AUGGCAUCGCGAAGGACCUUAGGAGGAGGACGAGUCCUGGGCAGCGGCCGCUCGCUGUCGCCCGCCGUCAUCUCCCAGCGCCCACACCAGCUCACGCCCUCCGAAAGCUCCCUGUCGCUGGCGUCCAGCUCCCACACAAGCACCACCGAGACCGACGACAUCGCCUCCAGAGUCGCCCUCGACUCCAACAAUGGCCCCGUCGGCGCCGCUGCCGCCAGCUCGCGCCUCGUCUGUCCCAUCUGCAACGAGGACAUGGUCACGCUCCUGCAACUCAACCGACACCUCGACGACAACCACCAGAACCUGCAGGAAGUCGAGCAAGAUGAAGUCAAGAACUGGUUCGAACAACAGAUGAAAAAGGCAAAGCGCUUCCAGCCGCUCGCCGUCCUCAACCAGAAACUAAAAGGCCUCGACGUCUUCGAGUCCAAUGCGACUGCUCCCACACAACUCGCCUCGGCCACCCCUCUACCCUCUUCGAACUCGGGCCAUACUACUCCUGCCCAAGCCCCUGCUGUCCUACCAGAAACUCGCCUAGAUCCUGAUCAUGUCGUCACCAAAGCACACUGGCAGCGUUCCUCGGGCCACGACUCUUGCUCAGACCCCUUGUGCGGAAAGCGUCUUGGAAACACGAACGGCAACAUCAAUUGUAGACACUGCGGUAAGCUUUUCUGCGAGGAACACACCAUGUAUCAGAUGAAGCUGUCUCGCUCUGCCCAACACGAACCUGUCCGCGGCUUGUGGUGUCGCGUCUGCGAGACUUGUUACAAGAGUCGCCCGGGUUACAACGAUCACUCCGGACUCGAGCGCGACCACACCCAAGAGUUCGCUGCUGUUCGCAGACGCACCGUAGACAAAGCAUACCUCGAAGUGAGCCGCUUGGAGAAGCGCCUCUCGAGGCUGACACAAUUGUUGGCCAAUCCACCUCCGCCCGAGAAUGACCAAAGCACUAGUAGCUUCCUGUGGUCUCUCGCUGGCUCUAAGAAUCACAUCCGCACUUUGGAGCAGUCGGUUGUAACCUGGGAAGAUGACGCCCUGGUCCCGCAUUGUCCUUUCUGCCAGCAACAGUUUUCUCAAUACUCUUUCCGUCGCCAUCAUUGCCGAAUAUGUGGAAGAGUCGUGUGUGGCGAUCCAGCCACGAGCUGUUCCUCUGAGAUUGGCUUGAAUGUCGAUGCGCCACUCAAAACUAAUGGUUUAGAAAAGUCUGUUGGUCAGAUGGCUGUCGAUGUGCGUAUGUGCAAAGACUGUCAGCACACAAUUUUUAGCAAAUCCGACUUUGCCCGUCAACUCUCGAUACGACCUCCGGAUCAGCGGGCUUAUGAGAACCUUGUCCAGUUCGAGCGUGGCAUCCGCCUUCUGUUGCCAAAGUUUCAAAAACUUCUCCAGGCCUUGCAAGAUCCCGAGAAGCCUCCAACACCUACUCAGUUAAACGAUGCCACCAAAGUACGCAGGCGGCUUAUGGAUGCAUUCACACAAUAUGACGUUGCGGCCAGACGGAUUAGAGACUUGCCCACCGAGAGUCAGACGCAGGACCGUUUACAAAAGGCCAUUUAUGCACAGGCGACUACUUUCCUCCACAUACAUAUGCUUCCCCUCAAAUCCUUGCCCAAACUGCUCCAACAUGCAACCCCACACGGCAAACCGCAAGCCAAGUCCUCGGCGAAUCCUUUGGCUGCCAUCAGGAACGAUCAGACCAGGCCCCAGGGCAGUCGAGCGAGUAGCUCGUCAUCCGCCCAAGUCACCGCUUUGGAAGCCGAGGAGAAAGAACUUCGAGAGCGGAUGAUAGUCCUCGAGGAACAAAAAUUCUUCGUUGAGGGUAUGAUUGCUGAUGCCAACAAACGAAGGAGGUUUGAUGAAGUGGCUAGUCUGGCUGGUAAUGUCGAGGAUUUGACCAAGGAGAUUGACCAACUACAAGGUCAGAUUGCGGGCAUGGACUUUGCUGGUGCAUAUGCUGUUGGACAAGAGAUAUGA